UUGCACCACCAGCAACAAGAGCAGGCAAUGGCAACUGCACCUUCUCAGGGGCCGCCAUACCAUCAACCGGCAACCCUCGAAGAAGUCCGCACCCUUUGGAUUGGUGACUUGCCCUAUUGGGCUGACGAGUCCUAUCUCCAUAGUUGGUUCUCUCCCACCGCCGAGGUUCUAUCAAUAAAAGUUAUUCGAAACAAAAUCACCGGUCAACCAGAGGGUUACGGUUUUGUGGAGUUCACUGCACAUGCUGUCGCUGAAAGGAUUUUGCAGUCCUACAAUGGCAGACAAAUACCUGGGACUGAGCUGAAUUUUAGGUUGAACUGGGCAUCUUUUGGAAUUGGAGAUAGACGCCCUGAUGCUGGUCCUGAGCAUUCAAUCUUUGUAGGUGAUUUGGCACCUGAUGUCACUGAUUAUCUGUUGCAAGAGACGUUCAGAGCCCAUUAUCCAUCAGUUAGAGGAGCCAAGGUUGUUACUGAUCCGAGCACUGGGCGUUCCAAGGGAUAUGGAUUUGUCAAAUUUGCUGAUGAAACUGAAAGGAAUCGUGCUAUGACUGAAAUGAAUGGAGCCUAUUGCUCAACCAGGCCAAUGCGUAUUAGUGCUGCAACACCUAAGAAAACUAGUGCCACAGCAGUGCAACAACAGUAUGCUGUAGCUAAAGCUAUAUAUCCAACUCCAAUUUACACUCCACCCACGCAGACAAUUCCUUUCGACAGUGAUGUAAACAACACCACUGCAUUUGUCGGCAAUCUUGAUGCGAACAUUACAGAAGAUGAACUGAGACAAAUCUUUUCACAAUUUGGGGAAAUUGUUUAUGUCAAAAUUCCAGCAGCUAAGGGAUGUGGUUUUGUGCAGUUUGCUGCAAGGACAUCUGCAGAAGAAGCAAUUCAAAGGAUGCAGGGUGCUGUGAUUGGGCAACAAGUAGUCCGUCUUUCUUGGGGAAGGAGUCCAACGGCAAAGCAGGAUCUACCUGGUACUUGGAAUCAGCCUACAGAUCCUAGUCAAUGGAGUGCUUAUUAUGGUUAUGGACAAGGUUAUGAUGCAUAUUCAUAUGGAGUCACACAAGAUCCCUCAUUAUAUGGAUAUGGUGCAUAUGCUGGUUAUUUACAAUAUACUCAACAGGGUGAAGGUUCUCAAGAUCCUGCAGCAAUAUCAGCUGCUGCUCCUGCUUUAGAACAAAGAGAGGAACUAUAUGAUCCUUUGGCUACGCGUGGCGUUGACAAGUUGAAUGCCGCCUACCUUGCUGUCCAUGGAAGUGCCAUUCUGGGCCGGCCAUUGUGGCAGAGGACCUCCUCUUUUACGCAGCAACCUGCUCUGAAUCUGCAGCUGUCAAAUGCAUAAAUUUGCAGUUUUGUGUUUCGUAGUAGGAUUAAAUUGUACUUCAUGAAGAUAAAUGCUACAGUUCGUAAAAGAUAAAUGCUUUAACAUCUUGUAUGUGAUGCAGUUUUCUCCUGCUGUAGUAUGAGUGGCUUCCAACAUCUUCCUCGCUACAUGUUUACACGGUUAACCUUCUAGCAAAUUGUUGAUUAAAUGCUUAGAAACAGAAUUCAAAUUCGACUUGAAAAGUAGAUGGGGUUUGACAA